UAUAUUUUAUACAAGUUAUUUUAUGAAAAAUCAUAUAUAAAAACCUACAAGCCCGUAUUUUCACAUGAUUGUAAUGGCAAUAUUGAAACCCCUCAAUACCCUAACACUUGGAUUGUAAUCAUGACGUCAACAGAUCUGCCCCUCAAUGGUGUGAAAUUCUUUGAAAUGUGUGGCAAACAAUUGGUGGCAUUCAGGGGUGGAUCGGGUGCUGUGAACGUGUUGUCCGCCUAUUGUCCACAUUUGGGCGCAAAUCUCGGUGUCGGCGGACAUGUGGUGACUGAAUCGGGCGACGACUGUAUUCAGUGUCCAUUCCAUGGCUGGAGGUUUAGAGGAAGAGACGGACAGUGCAAACGCAUACCUAAUCUCAACGAGUCUGAGUUAAAUACAGUGAAAGCUGUGGUAAAGAAAUGGCAGACAAUAGAGAUGAAUGAAGUGAUAUAUGUUUUAGGGGAAAAUGCGUCUGACAUACAGCACUUUUAUUACGUACACGAGAUGAUCAUACCAUACAUAAUUAGUUCAACAUUUUCAUUUGAUAGCACUAAUUGCACUGAUUCUACAAUCAUCGGUAGAAUGACCAUCUAUUUAUUUGGCGUGGAAGUGGUCACUGUACCCAUUAAACUGUGUCACGUGUCACCAGUGACUGAAUUGGUAUACUUUGGAACAGAGGACUCAAUGUUGAGCACCAUUGAUUCGGAUGCUAUGAUGUGGUUGUGGACCCAGACUAGACCCCAUAAAUAUAAGGGGUUUCCAAAAUUUGCCACGGUUCAUUUGGUGAUUACUCUGGAACUACUAGAGUGA